GUAGUCUCCUCGUUCGCCGCCGCCGCUAGCCCAGCUGAGUCUCCGGCUUCUGCGCUAGGGGCUCCCACCGCCUCCGCAGGCUAAGGAGCUGCUGCCACCAACGAGCUGUGAGGGUUACUAUGCCCCCUCUUUGCUGCCGUCUCCUCCUCUUGCCCGCGCAGGCACCCCUCUGGCUGCUCAGUCCUGCCUCAGAUAACUAACUUAACUCCUACAGCUCUCAUAGUGGAAAAAUACUGAGCUAAGUAAUAAUGAAAUGGAAGAAGUUUGAGCUUUGGUGCUGGAUAGAACUUGGUUCCAGUUCUGAUUCUACUAGCUCUGUAUCCUUAGUGUCAAACCAGAAGAGAAGUAAAAUUCAACAAAAAUUUAUGUGUGGAGUUCCUUCUUAAAAGAAGAAAAAAGUGAUUAUUUAGACUAUGGAUCAGAGCAAACGGAAUUCAAUUGUAGGAUUUCCUCCACGUGUGGAGCGUCUUGAAGAGUUUGAAGGAGGUGGUGGAGGAGAUGGAAAUGUGAGCCAGGUGGGAAGAGUUUGGCCAUCUUCGUACCGAGCUCUUAUAAGUGCCUUUUCCAGACUGACGCGUUUGGAUGAUUUCACCUGUGAAAAAAUAGGGUCUGGCUUCUUUUCUGAAGUGUUCAAGGUACGACGACACCGAGCUUCUGGUCAGGUGAUGGCUCUUAAGAUGAACACGUUGAGCAGUAACCGGGCAAACAUGCUGAAAGAAGUACAGCUCAUGAAUAGACUCUCCCAUCCCAACAUCCUUAGGUGCAGAAGUAUGAACCAGAGUUUUUCCCCAAAUUGA